CUGUAUUUAGGCCACUCCGCCGCCCCACUCCCGAGGGAACAAAGCGAGCGAAGCUGACCAUUUCGCACGGAGGCACCGAGGACCCAAAGCCAUGGCGCUGGCGCUGGUCCUGGUGGUUCUGCUCGCCGCCGUGGCGGCGGCGAGGGAGGCGCACGGGUACGUGGCGUACAACACGAGCGGGGGCGGUGGCGGGCUGCUGAACGUGCACCUGGUGCCGCACUCCCACGACGACGUCGGCUGGCUCAAGACCGUCGACCAGUACUACGUCGGGUCCAACAACUCCAUCCAGGGCGUGUGCGUGAUGAACACGCUGGACUCCGUGGUGGACGCGCGCAGGGACCCCGGCCGCAAGUUCGUCGUCGCGGAGCAGGCCUUCUUCCAAAGGUGGUGGGUAGAGAAAAGCCCACAAAUCCAGGCCAUAGUGCACAAGCUAGUUGAUUCUGGUCAGCUCGAGUUCAUAAAUGGUGGGUGGUGUAUGCAUGAUGAAGCUGCCACCCAUUAUAUUGACAUGAUUGAUCAGACCACACUUGGUCAUCGGGUGAUUAAAAAACAAUUCAACAAGACUCCAAGAGCUGGCUGGCAAAUCGAUCCUUUCGGUCAUUCUGCUGUGCAAGCUUAUUUGCUAGGAACAGAGCUUGGUUUUGAUUCGGUGCACUUUGCAAGAAUUGAUUACCAAGAUAGGGCAAAGCGUAAAGACGAUAAAGGCCUGGAAGUUAUAUGGCAGGGCUCAAGAACAUUUGGUUCAUCUUCUCAGAUCUUUACAAAUGCAUUUCCUAUCCAUUAUAGCCCUCCCGAUGGGUUUAGUUUGAAGAUGAAUGACAUGACACCUGUUCAGGACGACCCAUUGCUGUUCGACACCAAUGUUGAGCAACGCGUUAAUGAUUUUGUUUCUGCAGCCAUAGCACAGGCAAACGUUACGCGUACAAACCACAUAAUGUGGACCAUGGGUGAUGAUUUUAAUUAUCAGUAUGCUGAAUCCUGGUUCCGGAAUAUGGAUAGACUUAUUCAUUACGUGAACAAGGAUGGACGAGUGCAUGCGCUGUAUUCCACUCCAUCCAUUUACACUGAUGCAAAACAUGCAUCAAAUGAAUCUUGGCCACUCAAACAAGAUGAUUAUUUCCCAUAUGCUGAUUCAACCAAUGCUUACUGGACUGGGUAUUUUACGAGCCGCCCGACUUUCAAGGGAUAUGUUCGAAUGCUCAGUGGAUAUUACCUGGCUGCACGUCAAAUAGAAUUUCUUGUGGGAGGAUCGUUCACUUCUAGCUUGGAGGACGCACUGGGAAUCGCCCAGCAUCAUGAUGCCGUCUCAGGAACAGCAAAACAACACACAACUGAUGAUUACUCGAAACGCCUUGCUCUCGGAGCAUCCCAGGUCGAGAAAGGUGUAAAUACUGCUUUGUCUUGUCUGACAAGCUCUAAAGGAACAUGUAUGUCUCCAGCAGUAAAGUUUACUCAGUGCCAACUUCUCAAUAUAAGCUACUGCCCUUCAACUGAGGAACAAAUUUCAGGAGGAAAGGGUUUAGUUAUAACUGCUUAUAAUCCUCUUGGAUGGGAACAUAGUGACUUCAUACGGGUUCCGGUCAAUGACUUACACCUAGUCGUAAAAGGCUCUGAUGGAAGUUUUGUCGACUCACAACUAGUUGAGGUUGAUAAUGUGACUAGCAAUUUAAGGAAGUUGUAUGUGAAGGCUUAUCUCGGAAUCAAUACAGACAAACCCCCAAAGUAUUGGCUAGUAUUUCAAGCUUCUGUGCCACCAAUGGGGUGGAAUACUUACUUCGUCUCAAAGCCCAAGGGAGCAGGAUCUAACAGAAUGGGGUAUGUCUCAAGCAUCGCUUCUCCAAGCAAAGACACAGUUGAAGUUGGACCAGGGUCUCUAAAGAUGACAUUUUCGUCAGCAUCUGGACAACUUACACGGAUGUUCAAUUCUAUCACAGGAGUGGAUUUACCAAUUCAACAGAGCUUUCUUUGGUAUGGUUCAAAUAAUGGUGAUGGCGCGGAUUCACAGGCAUCUGGAGCUUAUAUUUUUAGACCAGAUGGGUCUACACCGACUGUUGUUUCAAGAUCGGUACCGUUAAAAGUCAUCCGUGGACCUCUGGUUGAUGAAGUCCACCAGCAAUUCAGCCCGUGGAUUUAUCAGGUUACAAGACUAUAUAAGGAUAAGGAGCAUGCUGAAGUAGAAUACACGAUUGGGCCAAUCCCGGUCAAUGAUGGCAUAGGAAAGGAGGUCAUCACAAGACUGACAGCAAAUAUGGUCACAAACCACACUUUUUAUACAGAUUCUAAUGGAAGGGAUUUUCUCAAGAGGGUGAGAGACUACAGGGAAGAUUGGGAUCUUCAAGUGACUCAACCGGUUGCAGGAAAUUACUAUCCCGUCAAUCUCGGAAUGUAUGUAACAGAUGGGAAAUAUGAACUUAGUGUCCUUGUUGAUCGUGCUGUUGGAGCUUCAAGCAUUCAGGAUGGUCAAAUAGAAAUGAUGUUCCACAGGCGUAUACUUUAUGAUGAUGGCAGAGGUGUUGGGGAGCCACUCGAUGAAACUGUUUGCGUUGACAGCAAAUGUGACGGGCUCGUGGCUAGGGGUACUUAUUAUGUCAAUGUCAACAAGCUUGGACAUGGAGCUCACUGGCGAAGGACACAAGGACAAAAAGUUUAUUCACCCUUUCUUCUUGGUUUCGCUCAUGAGGAUGAAAGCAGUUGGAAAUCCUACAGUGUUGUGAAAGCGAGCAUGAUGGAUGCAAAUUACAGUCUUCCUGAUAACGUGGCAAUCAUCACCUUGCAGAGUCUCGAUGAUGGUACCGCACUUCUCCGCUUGGCACAUUUGUUUCAGGCUGCAGAGGACCCACAGUACUCAGUGAUGGCAAAAGUUGAACUGAAAAAAUUGUUUGGAAAGAGAACCAUCAAGGAAUUGACUGAAACUAACCUGUCCGCCAACCAAAAGAAGUCAGCGAUGAGGAAGCUCAAGUGGAGGGUUGUUGGAGACACUGAAAGUAGUCCUGCCCCAAUUACCGGUAGACCGGUUGACAAUCAAGCCCUUGUUGUCGAGCUGGGGCCCAUGGAGAUACGCACAUUCUUGCUGAAACUGUGAGCUGCAAAAAAAAGAGAUACCUUUAUGUAAUUCCAUACAUGUUCUAGGAGAUCAUUGUGCCUUUCAUUUCUGUGAGCAAGUACCUUCUGAUAGUUAUGUCCUUGUACAGCAAUAAAUGUGCCCAGUCACAACUUUCCCAGCAAA